AUGGUCGAGCUCCUUCGUGCCUCGGGGGCAACUCCUGAAGUGACGGGAAUUUCUAUGAUUCAAACUGACCAGAGUCACGGCUCUCUGUGGUCUUUCAGCAAUAUAAAGAUUCUCUCUUUGCUCCUCGAACUCGGUGCAGACCCAGAAACCUUUGUCGCCGACAAACCAAGAGGUUUCCCGCUUAUAAGUGUUGCUUCUGAGGGAGAGGUGGAAGCUUUUCAACUUCUUUUAGAUGCUCAUGCACAACCGGACUGGGCCAUUCUGGAGUUUGGGACUGCAUUACAAGCUGCUGCCGCACGAGGCCAUGAAGUUGUCGUUAGGAUCCUCAUCGAGCGUGGUGCAGGUGUCAACACCACCUGGUUAACAUCUAACCACUAUGACCCCAUCCACCAUCGCCAGGUUCGGGGCUAUGCGGCUUUCAAAACACCAAUUCAACUUGCAGCAAGCGGAGAUCAUCCAGGUAUUGUACAGACUCUGCUACAGAGUGGAGCUCUGGUGAAUUACUCUCCCAGUGUUGCGGGCCUUGGACUCUCCAGAAUCGAGGACAUAUUCUCGCACUGGAGUGAAGCCGGCCCCGGCAAAGAGAUGCCUCUUGCAUAUGCUGUCCAGUACGCCGCAAUAAAUCAAAACGUUACUCUUGUUCAACAGCUUCUUGCUGCUGGAGCGAAUGUGGACUCUAGAAUUGGUACAAACUACGGGGAUACCCCCCUGCAGACAGCGGCCGGGUUUGGCGAUGUGGCAAUGACACGACUUCUACUUGAUCAUAAGGCUAAUUUAAAUGCCCCUGCGGGAAAGUACUAUGCAAAGGCAGAUAUAAAUGCCGAUGGGGGCUGGCAAAGGAGAACAGCUGUCCAAGCCGCGAUCGAGAGACGCCAUCAAGCUGCGGUAGCAAUAUUGUUAUUAUUGGGCGCCGAUAUCAACGCAAAGCCGGCUUUCCGCGACGGGAUGACUGCAUUGCAAGCGGCAGCAUUUACUGGCGAUAUGGGACUUUUCCAAAUGGCCCUACAAUACGUCGCACACAUCAAUGCUCCAGCUGGAUCCGAGAAUGGAAUCACUGCGUUUCAAGCUGUAAUCAAGCACAAAAAUCUCACUGCUCUCAAGAGCGCGCUCCAGGCAGGCGCGGACGUGAACGGGCGACCAUCCAAGCAAAACGAGUUUCAUGCUUACUCUGACGGCUACGUAGCAUCAAAUAAGACACCGCUCCAAUAUGCGGUGUAUUUAGGAUGGCUUGAUGGUGUGCAAUGCCUCCUAAAUUGGGGAUCAGAUAUUGACGCGCUCCCUCCUCACCCUAAUUUUGAUGCAUACUCAGCACUGGGUUGUGCCAUUGAAAAUAAUCAUGAGGAUCUAAUCGGAUUAUUGCUUCGAAACGGUGCUGAUCCAAAUACUUCUGCCUUCAAUCAUGAAUGUGCACCAAGGGCUUUUAUUCUGGCCCUCUCUCAGGGCCGCUCAAAUGAAAGAAUCAAGCUUUUUCUGCAAAAUAAUGCUGAUAUCACUGGUUGUUGGGGCACUAAAUUAGCACUCGAGGUUGCAGUUUUUGGCGAUGCGGCCGAUGUCGUUGAAACGAUCAUCAAAUUGAGUUCACAGCUUCCUGGUGACCAAUACCAAUAUUCGAUCAAAGGCUUAUUAGCUAUCGUAAUAGUGGCUUCUGGCUGGUCGCUCCAUUAUAACCUUGUGAAAAUGCUGGUUCAAGCUGGUGCUGAUACCAAUGCGACUUGCUCUGAAACUGGGCAGACGUUACUUCAAAAGUCUAUCGGUGCAAGUGACGUUGGUGUCAUUAAACUUCUGCUUGAACACGGGGCUGAGGUGAACAUAUUGGCGACAGAGAGUACAGGGAAGCCUUUGCGGGUUGCAAUACUAGAAGGUAAUGUGGAAAUAGCAGAAAUUCUUCUUGAGCAUGGCACCGAUAUCAAUGCUCCUCCAUCCAAGAAAAGGGGUGCUACAGCGCUUCAGGCAGCUGCAAUAACAGGGUAUUAUAGCCUUGUCCUACGGUUAUUAGAAUACGGUGCUGAUGUUGCUGCCGCGCCAUCAGCCAUCUUCGGCAGAACAGCAAUAGAUGGAGCUGCUGAACAUUGUCGUUUAGAGAUAUUGCAGCUACUGUCAAAUUUAUAUGGGGACCGGCCAGAUUUGGCACUCGUUUGUAGCCAUGCUGCUUCUGUCGCAGAACGAGAAGGUCAUGUGAAUAGCAAUCUUACUUAG